AUUUACUAUAUUUUUUCCCACUAUAUAAGCAUACCAAUUUGCAGUCGCUUCCAGCAUUGAGUCAAGCCAAAUAAAGUAUCAAUUUGCAAAGCCUCAACUAGCAACCAAUCACCAUGGCCUACCGCUACCAGAGUUCCUACAGUGAGGCUGAGAAUGAAAACUACUCUUACAGCUCAAUGGGGGGCAUGGGGUACAUGGAGCACAGCGCCCACAACAGCCACCAUGGAUUGGGGAAUGGUAUGUACGGUAGCCAGAUGGCUGGUUACUCCAGCUAUGGCCAUGCCAAUACAGGAUACGGGAUGGGACACCACAAUGGGAUGGGGAAUUACUAUGGGCAGGGCUACAACCAUGGUGGUGGUGGGUUAGCUUCCAACUACGCCAUGAACCAUGAGAGUAGCUAUUACUCUGGCAAUAAUCCCUGCGACCCAUGCAAGAGGUUUUUCUGAGGCGAAGAAUGUCCCGUUAAUCAGGUUCCAGAAUUCGGAUUCUGGAACCAAUAUCUUGUAAUCUAGAAUUCAGAAUUCUGGUAAUAAUAUGUACUAUGUAAUAUCUAGAAUAAAUACCCAACAAGCCGAGGGCAACUUAGCAGAGGCGUGCAGUUUGCUAGUGGUGUGAUACAAUUUACAAUUGUACUGUGUUGUCAAGUCAUUCACUUAUGUUCUAAUUGCUCUUAUGAUAUGCUCCGUACUUCAAUCAAUAUAAUCAUGCCUAGCUGCACUGAUGAUUGUUCCGAA